UCUCAAUUUAAUACUUUUUCACCUGUUUCCCAUUCAACUGAACUUGUACUCUCUUGUGAGAUAUGUUUUGGUCCACAUUUGACCAAUUCAUGUCAAUUAGUUGAUGAAUGUAAUCUAAGCAACAACAGGGAGGUGAACCUGCUGGAGUAUGGCCGAACAAAACAAGAAGGGCCAUGGGCGAAUCAAGGCAACCGGGGGGGUAACUCCAACUACCCUCCUCAGAAUUUCCAAGGAAGGAAUUACCAAGGUAACCAAUGGCGGGGGGAUUACAACAAUGGUCCUCCUCGCGGCGGUUAUCAAGGUAAUCAAAACUACCCCAACAAUAAUCAAGGGAACAACUUCCAGAGUCGGAACCAGGGAGGUGCACCAGCCCAACAGAACAACCAAGCUUAUGUGCCUCCACACCAACGACAAACGGAGGUGCACCAGCCCAACAGAACAACCAAGCUUAUGUGCCUCCACACCAACGACAAACGGAGGCUGCCCAGCCAUCAGAGAUAGGCUUGUUGGUAGCAGAACUGGCAAGGACACGGGAGGAAAUAACAAGAUACAAGGCCAGCACUGACAAUCAGAUCAAAAAUCUGAUGAUGCAAAUUAAUCAGAACAAUGUUCCUGGUCGUCAGCCAGGCAACUUGCCUAGCACCACGGAACCAAACCCCCGUGAACAUGUGCAAGCCAUCACUCUUCGAAGCGGGAGACAAACAACCGUGGCUGAGCAGAAAGACAAGGAAGAGGAAGGUACCCCGAC